UUUACGAGAGACCGUUGUGUUGCUUACGCAAAAGUCGUUAUGUAAUGGGAAAACAUGUUGUUACAGUUCCGAGCAAAGACGUGUUUAAGGAACACAGUUUACGAUUCUCUCGUUGUUAUAUUCACCAAACGAGUUGGAUUUGGUUAUCGGGUUUUGUCUUCGUUAUGCCAACCAAAGAACACGGCUUUAGAUUCAAAAGCUUACUCGGAACUUUUUCAGACAGCCGCGAAAUCAGGCUCCGUGGUACUGGGAAAGCUCGCUCAUGGCCACAUGAUCAAGUCGUCCUUGAAGCCGUGUCUAUACUUGCUCAACAAUGUUCUUAAUAUGUAUUGUAAGUGCAGGGAGUUGGGUUUCGCACGCCAGUUGUUCGACAGAAUGCCUGAACGAAACAUUAUUUCUUUUAAUUCUUUGAUUUCUGGGUAUACCCAGAUGGGAUUUUAUGAACAGGCAAUGAAAUUAUUUCUUGAAGCUAGGCAUGUUAAUUUGAAGCUAGAUAAGUUCACUUACGCCGGUGCGUUGGGAUUUUGUGGAGAAAGGUGUGAUCGUGAUUUAGGCCAAUUGUUGCAUGGGUUGGCUGUUGUAAAUGGUCUGUCUCAGCAAGUUUUUUUGAUCAAUGUCUUGAUUGAUAUGUACAGUAAGUGUGGAAAUCUUGACCAAGCAAUGUCAUUGUUUGAUAGAUGCAAUGAAAGGGAUCAAGUUUCAUGGAAUUCUUUGAUUUCCGGUUAUGUACGGGUUGGUGUAGCAGAAGAACCACUUAAUCUGUUGGCAAAAAUGCAUAGAGAUGGCCUAAAUCUGACUACUUAUGCUCUGGGAAGUGUGCUAAAAGCUUGUUGCAUAAAUUUGAACGAAGGGUUGAUGGGAAAAGGUAUGGCAAUUCACUGUUACGCAGUAAAACUAGGAAUGGAAUUUGAUAUAGUUGUGCGUACUGCAUUGCUUCACAUGUAUGCCAAAAAUGGAAGUUUGAAAGAGUCCAUAAAGCUUUUCAGUUUGAUGCCUGCCAAGAAUGUGAUUACGUAUAACGCGAUGAUCUCUGGGUUUCUCCAAAUGGAUGAAAUAACUGAUGAAGCUUCUAGUGAAGCGUUUAGCCUCUUCAUGGAUAUGCAAAGAUGCGGAUUUGAACCCUCGCCGUCCACAUUUUCAGCUGUGCUCAAAGCUUCUAGUGCGGCGAAAACCUUGGAAUAUGGAAAGCAGAUUCACGCCCUCAUAUGUAAGAACAAUUUUCAGUCUGAUGAGUUUAUUGGAAGCGCCCUAAUCGAGCUGUAUGCGUUAACGGGCUCAACUGAAGACGGAAUGCGAUGCUUUGCUUCGACAUCUAAGCAAGAUAUUGCCUCGUGGACAUCAGUGAUUGAUUGUCAUGUCCAAAACGAGAAGCUUGAAAGCGCAUUUGAUCUGUUCCGCCAACUUUUUUCCACCAGGAUAAGACCGGAAGAGUAUACGGUUUCCCUUAUGAUGAGUGCUUGUGCUGAUUUUGGUGCAUUAAGCUCAGGAGAGCAAAUCCAGGGUUAUGCCAUAAAGAGUGGAAUCGAUGCUUUCACAAGCGUUAAGACUUCAAGCAUCUCCAUGUACUCAAAAUCAGGUAACAUGCCGGUUGCUAGUAAAAUAUUUAGCGAAGUUCAAAACCCAGACGUUGCAACAUACUCAGCUAUGAUCUCAAGCCUUGCACAACAUGGUUCUCCUAACGAUGCCUUAGACAUCUUUGAAUCAAUGAAAACCCACGGAAUUAAACCGAACCAGCAAGUCUUUCUCGGUGUUUUAAUAGCUUGUUGCCACGGAGGAUUGGUCACACAAGGACUAAACUAUUUCCAAAGCAUGAAGAACGAUUACAGGAUUAACCCGAACGAGAAACAUUUCACCAGCCUAGUUGAUCUUUUAGGUCGCACAGGCAGAUUAUCAGAUGCUGAGAAUUUAAUAUUGAGCUCUGGGUUUGAAGACCAUCCAGUGAUGUGGAGGGCUUUACUUAGUUCAUGCAGGAUUUACAAAGACAGCGUAGUUGGGGUACGCGUUGCAGAGAGAUUGAUGAGACUCGAACCCGAGGCCUCAGGCUCAUACGUAUUGCUACACAACAUGUACAACGAAUCUGGAGUCAAUUCUUCAGCUGAGGAGGUUAGAGAGCUGAUGAGAGAUCUUGGGGUUACGAAAGAACCAGCCUUGAGCUGGAUCAUAAUUGGUAACCAAACUCAUUCUUUUGCGGUCGCUGAUUGGUCUCAUCCGUCGAGUCAGAUGAUCUACAAAACGUUAGAAACCAUCAACACUGUAGAUUUUGAAGACUACAACACUCUUUGUUCACUGUAAUUAGUGCUGUACUUCUGUUACAUGAAAAUUAAUCGCCAAAUUUUUUCUCUUCUAAGAUUAAUAAAUUACGAAAUUACCAGUGUUUUGAA